GGCAAGCACUUUUCCCAAGGACUGUAUGGAAGAGCAAGGACCAAAAACAAGGCCCCAGCAACAAUCACCAGAGCCCCGGCACAGCCUACACACGUCACUGACCAGGACAAUUCAUGAUGUAGAGGGAUGUGCCUGAUAGAAUCCGGAAAUUAAAGGAUUACUGCUAACUGCCAAACACUGGAGAUCCGGUUUGUCAAAUAUUUCAACAGGCCAGGGCAAAAGAGCAGUCAACAGGUCCUGCUUCUGCUCUGGUUUGCUGGCUUGUGUGUUUGUACACUGGAAUGUCUGUGUCUGAUGGAUUUAUAACCAUUCACACUGGAAAUAACAUUCUGUGCUCACAAAAAUAUUGGACAUUUCUUGUGGAUUUCUAAAUCCACUGAUUGUUCUCCAAUGACCUCUUUUCAUGGUGCGCAUCCCACUGCUGUAAAGAAGAAAUCGAUGAUGACGAAAAACACAAAUUUUGCCAUUAUGGCUUUGCCUUUCUCAGAACACAUGAACUGGGGAGGGAUUUUUCGCUCCCACUUUCUUCUUUUUCUCAUAUCUUUAUUACCAUCAUUUACAGUUUGUAGCAUUCCAGGUUUGGAAUAUGACUGGGGAACGCAACCAAAACUUGUUUGCAUCCCUAUUCCUGCAGAUGCAGACCCUAGUUGUUUCACACCAGGUGGGGCUUCACAUGGGAAUGUACAUGGGGCUCCACAUGGGCCAAACAGCAAUGGACAGGGGAAUGGCCAUGGGAAUGGACAUCAUGGGGCAGUUAGCGGGCUGCCGAGUAGUCACAGCAGCAGUAGUAGUAGCCGACAUGCCAUAUCCGAUGAGGCCAAAGCCACCAUCCUUCACUUGAGGGAGAGCCUUGUGCGACAAAAGGAGACCAUCUUGGAUCAGCGAGAGACCAUUCGGGAACUGACAGCAAAACUGACUCUCUGCGAGAGCUUUGGAAGGGGACACCAUGAUGACAACCAUCAAGGCCCUUCACAUCACAACUCGCAGCCUUCUUCACACCAUGCUGACCCACACUUCCCUUUGAACGGGCAUCGCAGUGACCAUCACAGAGGCAAAUCUCCAUAUCUGGGCAAACACAGCUUCUCCCCAGAACAGACAGGAAAGACUCUGCAGGCCCUGAAGGAGAGGUUGGAAAAUCUUCAGGCAAGAAAUUCAUCCAGUUCCUAUUCAAGUUCUUUGAGAGACCUCCUGCAGCGGAAGAUUAACGCACUAGAAGAACAACUCCAUCAUCACUAUGACAGUCACUAUGGUCACCAUGAUAACCAUCAUGGAUAUGGUCAUCAUGAGGAUAACCAUGACCAUGAUGACCACCAUAAUAACCACCACAAUAACCACCAUGAUGACCAUCAUGAUAACCAUGACAGCCAUCAGGCAAACCAUCACGAUGACCAUCACUCUAGCCACCAUCGUAAUCACCAUUAUGGUCAUCACUAUGACCGUUACAGUGACCACCACGACGACCACCAUGGCAAUCACCAAGACAAUCAUCAGAGUGGCCAUGAUGAUCAUCAUGACACCCACCACAACAACAACCACCAUGAUGAUCAUCAUGACACCCAUCACAACAACCACCAUGAUGAUCGUCAUGACACCCACCACAAUAACAACCACCAUGAUGAUCAUCAUGAUGAUGGCCAUCAUGGCAAUGGACACCAUGGAAAUGAUGAUCAUGUCCACCAUCCACAAACCUCAAUCCAACCACCGGGGUCAAGAGUGCCCAUCCGUGGAGCCAUCAACAAAUUAGACGCAGUGCUGAGUAACCUUCAACACAAAACUCCAGAACCAGGACCAAAUAAGAAGCCCAAGAAUCCUGAUGCUUUUCAGAUUGGCUUCCCGAUGCGCACCAACUACAUGUAUGGGCGUAUCAAGCGCACCCUUCUGAGUGAGAUUUUUGCCCUCACAGUCUGUCUUUGGUUGAAAGGGGGCUCAGGUCCUGGGAUCGGAACCCCAUUCUCCUACUCUGUCCCGGGUCAGGCCAACGAACUUGUCCUGAUUGAAUGGGGCAACAAUCCCAUGGAGUUGCUGGUGAAUGACAAGGCAGUUACGCUUCCUCUUUCUCUGACGGACAGUAAGUGGCACCACCUCUGUGUAACAUGGUCCACACGUGACGGCAUGUGGGAGGCUUAUCUGGACGGUGUGAAAAGGGGCUCUGGAGAGAAUCUGUCUCCGUGGCAUCCCAUUAAACCAGGAGGAGUCUUCAUCCUUGGACAGGAGCAGGACACUCUGGGCGGCCGUUUUGAUGCCACACAGUCUUUUGUGGGUGAGAUGUCGGAUCUGCAGCUGUGGUCCCGUGUGCUCACGUCUACCGAGAUCUACAACCAAGUGUCCUGCUCCAGCCACCUCACUGGUGAUGUCAUCACCUGGAGCGAGUCCAUGGUGGAACUUCACGGAGGUGUCACAAAGUAUCCGUUCGACCCAUGUCAUUAGGAAUCUGACCAAACAGAGCUGGAUUCUCCACAAUUCUGCUUAACUCGCAGCUGGAAAGGUGGACAAUUAUGAAUCCAGAUGGAAAGGCUGAGGAGAAGGACUCAGGCUGCAGUUAUUCCUACAGGAUAAUAGGAUUCUAAACAGGUCUACAUAGGCCCCGGGCAUUUAACUAAGCACUUUAUUAGUUUAAGUGUCUAAGAAUUACAUACUGCAAAUCGAUAAGCACUUAGGAUGUCAACAGACUGGUUGAACUCCAUUCAGUGUUUUUAAAUCACUUUCAAACACUGAUGGAAGAACUUCAGUAUGCUGAAUGUGCAAAAACACUCCACAACAACAACUAAUUACAGUUGGCAUGUACUAUUACAAUAAGGCGGGACAACAUGGUCUAUUUUUAUAUCUAUAUGAUGUGAAGUGAAAUACAAAAUUGCAAAAAAAAAUGUUCGUUUGUUUAGACCCAUUCUUUGGUUAGACCCAUUUGUAUUCGCUCUAGGCAGAAUGGGGAAAGCAGUGAGUUUUAAAGGCCUACUUCAGUGUUAUUUGGAAGUUAAUUUCCUAUUUGCUGCAAUUUUUUAUAAGCCAGGACUUCAGUUUAUAACCUGAGGUGCUCUUUCAGUCUUGCAAAUCAUGAAUAAGUUAUGCUGGAGAAGAAAUAAAUUGUAUGUUUUUUUAUGUUUGUAAAUUUGUAUCACAGAAAGCCGGAAAAUGUGCAUGCAUCAUGUUUGAGCAUAUAAAAUGUGUAUGAUUGCAUUUUUUGUAUACAUUAGAGGAAUUGAGGUUUUGGAAAAGAUGGCAUUUUUUCCAUAUGUUUUUUGUACAAGGUGUUGACAGGUGUUUUCUGUGGGGAGGUGGACUGCUGUUAUGGGUUUAUAUACAAUAUGGACAUGACAGUAAAGUAGGACCUGAAAGAAAACAGUGAGUUGUCCAUGGCAACAUAGGAGAAUUAUGUCUCUCUGUCUAUCUCUCCCUCCAUUUCAUAAUACAUAAUGCGCUUUUUUGUAUUUAAACACAUGACACUGUGAAUGUAAAUAAGUUGACUGCAUCAUGCAACUGUAAUUUUAUUAUUAUUAUAUACAUAUAUACUUUUUUUUUUUAAUGGUUACACGCAUGUGUUAUAGUAAUUUGUUUUGAGGGCAAGUGAAAAUUCAAUGGGGAGACAGUGAACCAAUUUGUGUUUGAUUAUGGAAUGAUGAAUUUAUGUACAAUAUGGUUUAAAGCAUUUUGAUUACAGUAACACAUAUAAAUUUUUUGUGUUAUGUGGAGCUGUGAGAAAAAUUAUUUUAACAUGCAGUUGUUUUAUGUUUACUAAGUUUUUCAUGAUUACUGCUAUAAUUCAAAACCAAAAUGUCCUAUGAGGCUAUAAAGUGACUGGUGAUAAACGUAAUAAAAACCAUCUCAUCCUUAUAAAUGUAGAGAGUUUUGGCCCUAACCAACCACAGCAGGACAUUUUGUGGACUACUUAGUUUCUAUAGGUUUCCUGACUAUUGUGAAAUUUCAUUGGUCUAAAAUCGGUAUUGCAUCUCAUUAGGACACAUUUUAGACGGGGUAAAGACUCUGAGGCCCUCUCAGAAUUCAUAUCCAGCAUGCUGCUUACUAUUAUAAAUUUAACCUAUAAUCUGGAGGCAUUUUUUAGAUUAUGCAUUUUUACUAUUAAAAGCUAUUAAUUGUUUUAAACUUUUUAACUACAUGGCCAAAAGUACACACAGAGAAUUUUUUUUUUUUUUUUUUUUUGGUUUUCCUAUCAAAUGGGCACUUUUCAGACUUGCCCGUUAGAUAACCAUCCAACCUGACUGGUCAGAUUUAUGCAUGCAUUUGUGUGGAUUUGCUUAUGUGUUCAAAAAGGACUGCAUAAUUCAAUUUUUGCUUAACCUCGCCUUUGGUGUAUAUUUGU